AUCAGGAGAGAGAUGCCACCCAAGGGAAAAGGUCCACAAGGGAAAAGGAUCACCUUGAAAGUGGCCAAAAAUGCAGUCCGGGUACUUUUUAAUGGAAGGCGCCGUCUUGAGUUAAGCAAAAUGGGCAUUACCACCUUCCCCAAGUGCCUCCUGGAGCUGGCUGAUGUGGAGGAAAUUGAUCUGAGCAGAAACAUGUUAAGAAAGAUUCCAAACAUCAUUGAGAAGUUCCAGAAUCUGGUGUGGCUGGACCUGCACAGUAAUCAGAUUGAGGAGCUGCCAGCAGAAAUAGGCACACUUCAGAACCUUACUUUCCUGAAUUUAUGCAACAACAAGCUGACCACAAAAGGUCUACCAGAACAGCUGACCCAGCUCAGGAACCUGCGUACUCUCAACCUUGGCUUGAACUGUCUUGAGACUAUUCCCACCACUCUCGGGUCUCUGAGGGAACUUGUUGAGCUAGGUCUCUUUGACAACUCCUUGACCAUCAUCCCAAAGAGUGUGAAAAAGCUCCCCAAGAUUGAGAGAAUGAAUGUAAAAAGAAACCCUUUACCAGAAUUUGCAAAGGAAGAGGAGCCAAUUGACACCGUUAAACGCAUAGAAUCACUUUACUUAGUAGAAAAGAAAGACCUGUGCAGCACCUGCCUGCAGAUGUGUCAGGGUGAGAGGGAUGAGCUGCACAAGUUAGAAGACAUGACACCUGGCCCCUCAGAUAAGCCAAAUUUCACUUCACUCACUACACCCAAUUCCACUGCAAGGGAUAACCAAGAAGAAUGGAGAAUAAAAGAAGAAGAAGAUGACAAUCCUGAAAAUAUACCAAGACACUCUACAGACCAUAUUCCAGGAAGUCCAGCCCAAUAAAAUACAAAUAAAAAGCUGACCUCCCUCCUCCUCCAUUUUCGUGCAGUUCUGCUUCUUUAAAGAUCAGCUUCAUUUUAGAAGCAGAUCUCUGUGGUGUCUAAAAUGAAAACCAGAACAACUAAACCAGAUAUGUAUUUACAUCUGGGCCUGUCCCUACAAACUGUUCUCCAUGUUUGGGCUUUUUGGAGUUUUUUGUGUGCGCAGCGUCCGGUGAAGGGAUCUUUUAAAAAAUAGGAUUUUCUAGUAAAUCCAUUCCCACCACUAAGCCCCAAAUAUUAUUUCUGUUCAUUUUCAUAGGGUGAGACACAGUUGAACUAGUCUCAGGAAUUACCAUUUGGAGGAAAAGGCAAAGACCUGGGAACCUUCUGCUGCUGGUGGCUGCCACCAAGCUCUCAGAGUGUCAAACAGGCACUGGCAGUGUAGGAACUGCAAGCCUUUUCCAAUUCAGCAGAGACAGCAAACAAGUGUUAUGCACAGGAGUAACUAAGCAGUGCAAACACAGUGCUUAGAGAUAGAUGACCAGUGAUCCUGCUUGC